GAAAAAUCGCGUUGUAGUCCCUCCCAGUUCAUAUUUAAACGCGUCAAUGUCAGCUGAACCUCAGACUUCACAAGAGCUGAUCUUGGCGAGCGCGUGCGCACCCGUGGGAAAAUUCUCGAGACACUUUUGCGCGUGGCAUUAGAUCUUCACCUGAGAUAAAGGAACAGCUAAAACACCACAGUACCCUAAAGUUGGACUUUUAGUCUGACUUGGAAGCUUCAGUUGCUGGAAAUUCAAUAUUGUCCAGGUGCAUUGGAAGCCCCCUCCUGACCAAGGGGGCGUGAAAACAUUAUUCGCCCACGAUGAGAGCGCUUUUCCCGGUUUUUGUGUAUUGCAUCAGCCUGCUCUCCUCACAACUGCUGGCUCUACCGGUGAGAAACAGGUUGGACUUCAUGACAAGACUCCAUCAGCUAAGAGAGGAAGACACCAUCUCUCCAGAUGUUACUGAGCGCCCAAACACUGACCAUGGCGUCUCCAUCGACCGCACCAUUCUAUGGAGGGCCAUUCUCUCCAAAUCACCACCUUCAGACCCAACAAGAAACCAAUUCCACAUCGGUCAGCCAAUAGCAGGAGAGUCCACCAAAACAGGAGAGAUCCCUAGACACAGAGGUCGUCGCAACGUGCACUCAAAAGGCCACCACAACCAUCGUAACGCCCAACUGAUGCGCGUCGGAUGCGUCCUCGGUACCUGCCAGGUACAAAACCUCAGUCAUCGCCUUUACCAACUGGUCGGGCAAAGCAAACGGCAAGAGUCACCCAUUAACCCACGCAGUCCACACAGCUACGGAUGAGUCUAGAGGGACAUCCGGCUAAAACUAAGACCAAGAAAACAGCGUUACACAUAUCUGCCCUGAUGUUUGUCUAUUUUAUUGCAAUAGGAUACUGCUGUAGUACUCUUUCCUCCUCUCUGCCUUGGUUUUCUGGAGUGUAUACUGUGCCUUUUUGGAAAGAAAGGACCUCUUGUUACUUGAUGGCGAAUUUUGAAUUGGGUGCCUCUGAAACACUUUGAUCCUGGCCUCUCAUUUUUUGGUACUCAAACAGAUUCUUUAUUUUCAUAUUGUCAUUAAGUCUUCAGAUAAGAGAUUAUUCCGCAUUACGUCCCGACUCAUCUAAGGCUGUUAACUUCUACACCACUGAUCAAACCGCCUGAGCCUUUAAUGUGGAUUUCAACAAGGUGUGGGAUUGGAUUUCUGUCAAUGUGAGGCUCAUGUGUUCCAAAAAACUCUGAACCCUCUCACCUUGUGUCUCACCAAAAGACUUUUAAGAAGAAAGCAGACUUCGGAGGUGGUGCAAGACCACCAUCUGAUACCUUGUCACUUGAAUAACUUCUGCAACUUUGGGUUUAAAUGUUGGGUUUUGGACAAUGGCGAAUUGUCUGAAUUUAUAAACACAGUGGUCCCUUGGUUGAACCCGCAUAACAAUACAGUAGCAAUCGCCGUCGAAUCCGGAUUAACACAUUGUUGCUUCCCCGUGUGCUUUGAGGUCUGGCGCCUGAAAUAUUACACUUCACGUGGUUCAUAAAGUCACGAGAAUAAGUUGUAAUCCGCAAGGUCUCAGUUUCAACUCCUGCUGGGCUUUGCCGCAUUUUAUAAACAGAAGCAAGACUUUUUGGAGCAUUUCUAAAUCAUGGUCAUAACUCACCCAAAAAUACCCAUAACCAAGGUUACAGCUCCAUAAUAGAGGCUAAAACUAGCUUAAGGGCUGCUUGAAAACCAUUUUGAUUGCCAAAAACACUUCCUUCACAACACAAUAUUUCAUUAUGUCAUGAUUUACUCAUAUUAAGUUCCAAACUUGUCAAUCAAAAAAUGUCAAACAAAAAAUGUCCGUACAAUGCGAGUCAAAGGGAUCUGAAGUUGGUUUUGGACCCCAUUCACUUGCAUUGUAAUUUCUUAACACACGUUGACUGGCAUUGCUUAAGUAAUUCUCAAACUCAUUCUUGUAACUCUAAUGAAAGAUUCUAGUUCUACCAAAAUUUGAGGAGCAAGCGUUCCAAAGUCUUUCGGGAAAAUGGCCUUCCAAAAGCACUUCCCAGAAUUCCCUUUUGUUAUAAUAAUCAUGUCUGAAUACGUGGGUGGAUACACACACCAAAAAUACCCGACAGGCGCAGGAAAAGUAGCCGUAAAAACCGACCAAUUUAAUUGAAAACUUUCAGAAACCUUCCAUGCCUUUUGGGGGUCUGUGGAUGUCGGGGAAUGCUGCGAGACAUCAAAGUACAUGUCUGAGGAUUAAAAUAGCAGAAGUAAUCCCAAAAAUCCUACUUAAACAUCUAAAAACUCAAUUCCAGCUAGGUAUCCAGGCCAAACUCUCCCACUAUGUGAUGUAUGUUAUAGGACAGCUUGCUUUCAAAUGGCUCCAGAAAGGCAGAGAACCGACCAAAAAACCUGAAUUUACUUGAUACCUUUCUGUGCAUUCGCAUUAUACUGUUCAUUUAUCUUUAAACGGGCUGAAAUUGGUGUUCAUAACUGUAAAAAGGUCUUGUUCCUUGUCAUGGCUGAUUCUAAUGAUGAUGAUCAUAGGAAGUAGUAAUCGCUGGUGCUUUGGCGCUAAUCUGCUCAAAGGCUCUCUAUAUAUCCGACACCAUUCUCUCUGCUGUAAUCGAUCUGAUUGAUGUCUCGUGACUAAUCAUAAUUAAAAGGCUUUUAAACUGCUGAGAGCCUGGUUAAUCUGUACUUUUUGCACAGGGAGAGCCUCUUAACCUGCCUCAUGUUGACUUAUAUAUUGAUCACAUUCCUUUUUUUUUUGACUAUUUAACUAUCUAUUUAUUUAUUUUUGGAUGAGUUGUUGUGAACGUCUUGGUGACAUGGGUUGGAACGUAACAAGUGCGUCAGUAUCUGGCCCUGAUCGUUCUUUGUACACAUGUGUUUUUGUGUGCUGUCUCUGUGUAUUGCGUAUUUUCAUGACCUUUGUCCCCCUUUAAAGCCCUGCUUGGUUCAUUAAGUAAAACACAAGCAUUCUAUGUUUGUGAUGAAGGAAUACACAGAAAGUUAUGAAUCUGUGUCCUAAAGACGUGUGUGUGUGUGUAUGUGUGUGUGUAUGAACGUCAUCCUGGCCAUGAGCAUAACUUUAAAUGUUUUAAUUGAUAUUAAGGGUCAGUUGUGCUGUUACUACCAUGCCAAGCACUUUAAAGCAAGAGCAUGUUUUUAUUUUUGUCACUUGAACUUCAGAUUUGUGAGUUUUGUGUACUGAUUUUGAGUAGGAUCUGUAUGAAUGUAUUUUAAAGGGCGUUAGCACACCGAAUUAGGACGUACUCAGUAUCAUGUACACAAUCUUUUGUGAAUACUAUUAUUAGGUUUGAUAUUUAAGUAUUUAUGUUUGCAUUUGUGUAUCUAUGUCACCAAAGACGUUAUUUAUCGCAUACAGUGUUUUCUCACACCUCAGAGUUGUUCUCUGGGUACGAAAAAAUAGAGUAUAUUUAGGGAAGACGAUAAAAUUAAUUUGUCACGCCCAAACAAUGUUCUUUUUUCUCUGUGAAAUAAAGCACUACGUAGUAGUGAGAUGAAAUCUGA